AUCAAGCGAGGGGGAGUGGAUCGUCAGAAAACAGCUCCGCACGUGGAAAAAAAUGGUUAUUUGCACAUUUUUGCACGCUGAAUGUGUAAAGAUAAAAUAAGAUAUAUGUGAAUCAUCUGACUACAGGAGCGUGUGUCGGUCAAAGUUUAGUCCACCUGACCCGGUGCAGACUGCUUCAGAGCGGAUCAAGCUCCUCACGUUUCUGCACAAUGACAGCCCGAAAUAUAUCUCGGUUUUGGGAAUGGGGACGGAAGAUAAUCUGCGUCGGGAGAAACUAUGCAGACCACGCCAAAGAGCUGAAAAACGCCAUCCCCACGGAGCCCGUGCUCUUCCUCAAGCCACCUUCUGCAUAUGUGAGGGAGGGAUCACCCAUCCUGGUGCCCCUGUACACCAGCAACCUGCACCAUGAAGUGGAGUUAGGGGUGGUCAUCGGGAAAGGGGGCACGGCAAUCCCUCAGGCUGCAGCCAUGGAGCAUGUUGCAGGUUAUGCUCUGUGUUUGGACAUGACAGCCCGGGACAUCCAGGAUGAGUGCAAGUCCAAAGGUCUGCCCUGGACUCUGGCCAAAGCUUUCAACACCUCCUGCCCCGUCAGUGAGUUCAUCCCCAAAGAGCGCAUCCCUGACCCGGGCAGCGUGAAUCUGUGGCUGAAGGUGAACGACCAGCUCCGGCAGAGCGGCUGCACCUCCCAGAUGAUUUUCUCCAUCCCCUAUCUCAUCAGCUACAUCAGCGACUUCAUCACCCUGGAGGAAGGGGAUCUCAUCCUGACCGGGACCCCCAAAGGAGUCUCCGCCGUGCAGGAGCAUGAUGAGCUGCAGGCUGGGAUCGAGGACGUUGUCACCAUGAGCUUCAGAGUAGACAGACGAGACUAAUGGAAAUAAACACGAGAAGAGAGCGUGUUUAGUGAUUAUUUGAAAUAUAUUUUUAAUCUUUGUUUGUAUCAGCAGAUGGCAGUGCUGUGCCGCCAAGAGCUGGAUCUCAUCCUGAUCUGUACAGAGACAGUUUGGUCACAUUUUACUGUCUUAUCUACUGAAACCAGGGAUAUAAAAAAUAAUUUACUGUCUUUGUUACAGAUCAUCAGUGGUGGAAGAAGUAUUCUGAACUUGUUCUCAAAUAAAAGAUGUAAUUAUAUGUUGUAUAAAA